AUGGGGAGCUCUUCUGACCUCUGUGGGAGCAUCACAGAGGGGGAUGAGUCUGCCGGAAGCCCUUGGGAGGGGCCCACCGAAGACGCUUUCCAUGUGCAGCUUGAGAGAGAGUCCAAAGCAGAAGACUGGGGCUUUGUUUGGAAUCAAACGGCUUUGUCGACCAGGCGAAGAUUUCUCCUGGAAUCCGUGAGUGAAGGAAGCCCAGCAGCGAGCUGGAACAGCCGUGAGUGGGAGCUGGGUCGGUCGACAUUGGAGCCUGGCAGCACUCUCGUGGAAGCGAACUACCUUGCCGGCUACGGGGUCAUUCGCCACGAGCUGAGGGAAUCGAUGCAGCUGCGGCUGACUUUCCUGCGGCCAGCUCCCGACCCGACACCCACAGAGAAAAGGCUUGUCGGCCUACCCCUGGAGUGCCGAGUGAAGAACUCCUUCUUGGAGGUAUCCCCCGUCGAUGCCGACAGCCAGGAAGAAGCCCGGCAUUUCUCGGAUCCCGGUCCUUGUGCUCAGAAAGGCUGCUCAUCUUCAGCGGAAGGUGCAGGUGUCAGCGCCACCGAGCCGCAGAUCUGCGGAUAUCACACCGAGUCAGAGGCGGUUUCGGAUUUGAUCGGGACUGCCGCUCUGAUCUCUGGGCUUGUGAGGUCGGCGGAGUUCAACGGCAAGUGGUGUCGAAUCGAUGCCUUUGACCCUGAGGUUCGUCGCUACAUUGUGCGCGUUUUUCUGGAAGAAGGACAGCCGCCUGUGAUCGCAAAGCUGCGCCUGGAAAACCUGUCUUUUGGGCCCACAUUUGCGCUGGCCUCAUCGGCGACACCCGUAUUUCAUCCUUUUGCCCCGCCGGGUGCUGCUGUUGCUGAGGAUCUCUCGGCCUGGCCCUGGGGCCAGGCGAACUGGCCCUGGGGCAUCCAUGCAGGCAUGACGGGCGCCAUGGAAGGUUGCAUGCCUGUUGGCAUGGAGGCAGAUGCUUGGCAGGUGCCUGCCGAGUGGGCCUCCUAUCCAUUUGGCCCCCCGGGCCUACCCCCGACAGAGGCCGCCGUGAUGCAAAGUAUGCCGCCGCCGCCUCCAGCGACGCCACUCUGCAUCCUGCCCACGACCGAGCACUUCGCGACGUCGGAUGCUGCUGCUGCUCCUAACACUGCAGGCAUGGCAGAAAAUGCAGGAGAAAGUCACGAACGCCCUCCUCAGAUACACACUCAUCAGGUCCUCGAGCAGCAGCUGAUCCAGCAGCACCUUCAAGUGCUACAGCAGAGUGCAGCUCCCGAUGUGCAGGAAGCAGUGCAGCCAUCGGUGAGCUCCUCGCAUCAGCCCCACAGUGCCAGCAGCCUCCACCAAGAGGCUGAAGAGCCACAGGCACCCCACGAGGAAGAUGUGGCAGAAGGCAAGAGAAAGCGGCGGCGCAGGCGACGUGGGAAGCGUAAAGGUCGUGGCAGCAAGGAUGCGCAGGACGCCGAGGACGACGAUGAAGAAAGUGAUGUGGCAGAAGAGCCGAGCCUCGGAAACGAAGCGGAUGUGCUGACCUCUCAAAGCAGACACGCAAGCACCCCGCAACCGACGGAGGCCGAGGUCCAAGUCCAGCAGCAUGCCGCGGCUGAAACCUUGCAGGCAGCGGUACCUGGGAGUCCACGGCUGGAAGCACUCCAGACGCUAAGCACCAGGAAGCCAGAGGAGCUCUUUCAAGAGGAUGCUCAGUUCUUGCGAACAUUUGCCAUGGCGAGUGGCAAAGAAGAGCUCCUGUCCAUUUUCCGUGCUUUUGACACGAAGAAGAACGGGCUGGUCUCGCAGCCUUUGGUUCACAAGCUGCUGCUCAAAGCAGGCUUUGUCAAAGAGCACGUGGAUCAGCUCUGGGAGGUGGCGGGCUUCGUGGCCAAGGACUUUGUGCCCUAUGCCAGCCUGGUGGACUGGCUUUGGGCUGCAGAGCUGAACAAGGCGCCACCCGCAGGGCCCGGUACUCUCAUGGAGCCUGUGGAGCUGGCACAAGCUCCGCCCGACGGACGGGCAGAGGUCGCUCUCCAGUCGCUCAUGAUGCUCAUUGCCGCGGCCAGUUGGGCAGAGUAUGGUCCAGAGAAAGGUGAGGUUUGUGUGGAGAGCGUCCCCAGCACGCCAGAAGCCUUCAUGACCUUCUCAGUGGCAUAUGCCAAGGAUAAAUCUCUGAGCUUGUCGGCGAGUUUAGCAUCGCUUCUGACUCAGAAGGUUCGGCUAUUGAUCAAAAACGCGUCCUUGGGGCUGGAAGUCGUGGACUAUGCGAAAGCGUUGCUGCUGCUCAAAGCCCAAGGCUUCAGCGGCUGCCACGCUCUCGCGGAGUCCCUCGUUGGGGCUGCUGCAAUUGGGCUUCAUGCAGUGCAUCUCAAGGGCGAGAGCUCCGGAGCGCGGCAGGUCUUCCGCACGCCGGCAGUGUCACCCUGUGCGCUGCCUGGCUCCCUCGCUGGUGUGCCUUGGGAAAUCCAGGUGGCAGAGAAGGCUGGGCACUUCAAGCUCCUUGGACCCAAGGUCGAUCUCUCAGCGCUGGUGCCUGGUGAGUUCGGCAAGCUGGGAGACCCUCUUCCCAUGAGCGUCGGAGUGAAGGAGUGCAACGAGGCUGCGAAGGCCAAGGAGCAGACCCACGUAGCCUUACAGGCCGAGACAAUGCAGAACAAUUUCCUGGGCGAACUCAGCGAUCGCAUUGCCACCGCUGCCAAGGAGAAGUCCUGCGUGGUUGUGGUGGCAGGGCCUUCAUCAAGCGGGAAGACGACCUUCAGCGCCCGGCUGGCACUGCAUUUGCAAGCACGGGGCUGCGAUGCACGGCCUUUGGAAUGCGACAUGUAUUUCAAGGCGCGGGCAGACCCUUCCCACCCUCGCGAUGCGAAGGGCGAGCUCAAUUUCGAGGACCCUGACUCGCUCCGCAUCGACAAGAUCAAACAGGAUCUUGAGGCUUUGAUGACAGGGAACCCAGUGGAGCUCCCGAAGUUUUGCUUCAAGACUGGCACCAUCCAGGAAAAGACGGGCAACAUCCUAAAGCUGCCAAAGAGCGCCGUUCUCAUCAUCGAGGGCAUCUUUGGACUGCAUCCCAAAUUCCUCGCCGCCUUCGAGGAUGUAUCCUUAUUCAAGGUCCUCAUCGGACCGUGGUCCGGAUCGCGACUGGGAAAUCUCUGCUUGGUGCCGGAGCGAAAAUUCCGACUCCUCCGCCGGAUUGGUCGUGACGUGCGCAGCCGCGGCGUGGACGCAGUUUCUGCUGGAGAACAGCUCAACAUUUUCCCUUAUGCUGGAAAAGCCGACGUCAUCUUCGACUCAACGCUGCAUUACGAGCUGCCGGCAUUGAAAGCAGUUAUCGGGGCGGAUGUAGAGAAUGCAACCAGCGAUGACCCCGUGGUGCAGUGGCGAAAGCGUGAGUUGGCAAACUACCUCAGUUGGGCUGAAGCCUGGCCAGUCUCGGAGUAUGAGCUGCUUCCCACCAGCAUUGCCUGUGAGUUUCUGGGCAGCUCCAUUUUUGAGAGUUGGAAACCGCGUCUCGAGGGAACAGCCUGCCCCGGAGAGGUUCAGCCGUCGCCUACGCCUCCCGCAGUUCUGCUGACCGGAGAGCUGCGUGAGGGAGGCCGCACCUCAAGUCGCGAUGCCAGCUCCGAAAUGCAGGAGAUCCCGGAAGUUGCGGUGGCUCCAGGCGCAAACGACGCACUCCAGCCAGCAUCGCGGGCAAAGACCAGAG